AUAAGAUCUUAUAAAUAUUUGGUGACCUUAAUAUCUUGUCUAGCCAUGUGUUCGUUUUUUAUAAUUUUAGUUACUCAAAGUGGUAUGUAUAUCUUACAACUUUUGGAUUGGUAUUCGGCUUCCAAUUCCGUUAUAUUAAUAUGUCUUCUGGAAACUAUAAUGGUGGCCUGGCUGUAUGGUAUUAACGAGUUCGUUGAUGAUAUAUAUUUUAUGAUUGGCCGAAAACCAGGAAAAUUAUGGGUCUAUUGCUGGAAAUACAUGACACCUUCAAUAAUAUUGUUCAUUUUCUUCACUACUAUUAUAUUUAAUCGUACGGUACGUUACAAUAAUGUUAUUUAUCCUUCCUGGGCGGUGGCGUUAGGCUGGUUAAGUUUUGCGCUCUCUUUAAUUUUUAUACCGUUGCAUAUGUUGAAGAAAGUAUUCCUUUCAUCUGGAAAAGCAAACGACAAUUUUUAUAAUGCUUUAAAAGCUGAUUUUUGGCUGCCAGAGGAGGAGGAGGAACGUUCCGCUUAUGAAGACUUUAAAAGAUACCGUAAAAUUAAUGCCGAAUUAAAGAGCUUAAGAAAAUAA